GUGAUCACAUAUUCUGUCUAGCUUUAAGCAGCAUUGCGAUGACGAGGACCGUACGACGUCCGUCUCGUCUUCGUCAGGAUGGUCUGCCUACGUCUCGCCCAUCUCUUUGCACUCUCCUCACUCCUCGCCACGUCUCAUGUGGCCGCCAUCAGCACUCGCUCACUCUUCAGCCCGAGUGAGAUCUGGCUGGGCUCGUGGUCAGCGAUGCCGCAGCUUACAGAGUUCACAAACCUGCCUCCACCUCCGUUCAACCAAUCCGGACUCGUGUUCCUCAACAGCACACUCCGUCAGACGUUCAAAAUCAGUAUCCCCGGUUCCCAGUUCCGCGUGCGUUUCAGCAACGCGUUCGGUGUCACGAACCUGGGCAUUACCAACGCGACUGUCGCGUUGCCGGUUGGCGGGGUCGUCGGCGUAUCCGCCAUCGAACCGUCUACGCUCCAUACGCUGACAUUCAGCGGUGAGACGGGCUUCUCGUUGCCGAAUGGCGCGCAGCUGGUGUCAGACCCAGUGGAUUUGGCGGUGGCGGAGAAUGGGAUAGUCUCUGUGUCGAUGUUCCUUGCGGAUGGACAGACCACGAACAUGAUCACGUCGCACCCCGGCAGUCGCACGACCACAUACCUCACUUUCGGCGACCAAACGCGCGCCACGAAUAUCACUGGCGCGGAUCUGAUGACCGUAGAGCACUGGUACUUCAUCAGCGGUCUCGAGGUGCUCACGACGAACAAGGACGUGUCGGCGGUGGCAAUUGUCGGUGAUAGUCUCACAGACGGUCGUGAAAGCACCGAGAAUGGCAACGAUCGCUGGCCUGAUCAGUUCUAUGAUCGCCUCCGGGCUCGUCCCAACAACACCAUUUCAUACCUCAACCAGGCCGCAGGCGGCAACCGCGUACUCAAUGACGGCAACGGCCCUAACGCGCUGGGCCGCAUCGACCGCGACGUGCUCGCGCAAACGCGUGUCUCGCGCGCCAUCAUCUUCGAGGGCGUGAACGACAUUGGCACCGCGCCGUCGGACCCCACCUCGCAGGCGGAGGUGGUGCGCGACCUCAUCGCCGCAUUCAAGCAGAUCAUCACGCGCGUGCACGCGCAGGGCAUCCCCAUGUUUGGCGCGACCAUCACGCCCUUCGGCUCGAACGACCCGUACGACGACGGCGGGAACCGCGAGGCAAGCCGUCUCGCCGUGAACAGCUGGAUCCGCACGAGCGGCGCGUUCGAUGCGGUGUUCGACUUCGACGCCGCCGUCCGCGACCCCAACAACUUCACCCAGCUGGACCCCAGCAUCGACUCCGGUGACCAUCUCCAUUUGACUCCUGCGGGCUACAAACGACUCGCCGAUGUCAUUCCUCUAAGCCUUUUCGAUUAGAUAAUGUACUCAUUGAGACCGCAAAAUAAUUGCCCACCUUAGGCGCAGGGUCCACUUUUUCCGGUCGUAUACUAGGGACUUUAGCCGUCUGCAUACAAUUCUGCGUAAGAAUUUAACACAGUAUCCGAAGCGUUUCUAGGGAGACUUGAAAGUGGUCGGAGGGAAAUAAACGUUUCAUACCGGUAGCAGAAAAUGGCUGGUCGUCCUACACCCU